AUGGCUUCCCCUGCCAUGAAACUCUCCAUCUUCCUCCUCCUCUCCCUCUUCUCCUCCCUCCACACUCAUGCAAGAGAAAGCCAAUUCUUCAACAAGAUCCCCAGCACCACCGCCACCACCACCAACACAGAAGUUCCCACCAAUCAACAAGACCCCACUUUCCUCCCUGACAACGACAACAGCUACGGCCUCUACGGCCACGAAUCCGGCCAAAACCCCCCUUCCACCACCGAAGAAUUCAAACAACCCCCAAACAAAUACCUCCCCAAAAACUACAACCCCGUCGCCUACGUCACCCAGCCCGAAUCCGACCUCAACGAUUCCCCCGCCUCCUUCACCGAAGAACGAACCUUCUCCACCAACCCCAACAACAAUUAUUACAACGGCGAGCAGAAUUCCUACAACAAUUUCUACAACGGCGAGCAGAAUUCCUUCUACAACCAGCAGCAGCAGCAGCAAGAGCAGACCGAGUUCAAAAGCUACCGCAACCCCGCCUCCAACUACAACGGGGGAAGCAGUUUCAACAGGCAGCCGCAGGGGAUGAGCGACACGCGUGUCGUGGAACACGGGAAGUAUUACUACGAUACUAACUCAGAGAGAUUCAGCAGAUCACACCCUUAUGAAACCUUGAGAGGAGCUCGCCAGCAGAAUGAGUUCAACAACAGAAAUUUCUAUGGAAGCAAUGCGUAUGAGUUCAACGGAGACAACCAAGAUCAGUUCCAGGAUGAUGACAACAUGCCUUGA